UGCUCAGGCCAGUUGAUAAAUUGAGCCUCCUCAACUACCAUCCGGUUUAUUUUCUCGUCUCCGCAACCGAGAAGAUCUCCAGACACCAAUCUCCCCGUCUUAGGCCUGACAAGAAACUCAUAAUGGCAAUGGACCAGUCCCAGAAGAUUAGCGCGACCGACGGCUUCCCGAAGUUUACCCGAGCCCUGGUUCGGGGAAUUCCGGACUCCAUUCGGGAGAAGUCGGAAGCCAUCAAAUCGGACGAGGAAGGGCGAUUCGACGAAGAAGAGUACCUGGUUGAACCUGUUAAGGCCCGAGAAGAGCAGGAGAAGUACAUACAGACACUGCGGGACCUGGGGCUAGAGGUGACCGUCAUCCCGGCGGAUGAGUCGACUCCUGACUGUGCGUUUGUUGGGGACACGUGUGUGGUGGUAGGCAACAAAGCACUGGUCACCAGGCCAUGGGGAAUACCUAGGAGAAAGGAGCUUGACGCUGUGGAGGAGUGUUUGAGAAACCUCGGACUGGAAGUCGACAGGAUCCACAACGAAACCGCGUGUCUGGAGGGCGGUGAUGUCGUCUUCACAGGAAAGGAGUUCUUCGUCGGCGCGUCGGUAAAUUCCAACAAAGCUGGCCGAAAAGCCCUGGCCAAAACGUUCCCAGAGUACCCUAUUACCGUCAUCCCGGUCGAAUGGCCGGACUACUAUCUGAAAGGCGUAAUGUGCUGUGCGGGACCAGGGCUACUAACGGUGGCCAAGAACAUGGGAGGCAAGAUAGCAUGGAAGACGAUUCUGAAGCAUAGUAACUUCAAGUACGAACCUAUCUGGAUACCAGACCCGGAGGGCGUGGCCUGUAUACACGUCAACGGUACCGUCAUUCACUGUGUGGAGGACGAUGCGCCCGACAGCAUUGAGGUAUUUGAGGCGAAACUGACUGACUAUGAGCGGGUGCAGUUUCCUCUGGGCGAGCUGGGGAAGAUGGACGCAGGCUUGUGCUGUAUGUCUGUGGUUUUCUAACAGGCCUGGUCACACUAAGGCCACAACAAGGGACGUCCCCUUGCAUGCCUUCAAUCCAGAACUUUGGUACUCACUCUCUCACUCACUGUCCGGUUUAUCGUCUGUUGUUCCCCGUCUUCCGAGGGUUAGACGUGUUUGCACUGUACAACUGGGGCUUGAUGGCAGCACGCCACUUGUCUCUGUCCUGUGGGUUGAUUUUAUCUAAGUUUAGGUGGUGGAGGUGGUCGUAAUACAUUAAAGCCCAUACCUGAGAUUAAAAAUGAUGCCCUAAAAAUUACUAAAUCUAGGUAAGAUUGUUGCCUGGCAGCCGAAGAUAUACACAAAAUGCUAAAUCAUGUCAAGCAAUUUCAUAUCAAACAACACACAGAGAAUUUUUUUUUUAUUUGAACGUCUAUUUUGAAAAAUAAGGGCCAGGACGUCUGCUACCUAACCCUGUAUAACCAACGCAAUGGUCCCAAGAGACUACAUUUUAAGAGAGAGAAGUGAUAAAGCAAUAAAGUCAUCAUUCACAUCCA